AAGCAAUAAAAAAGUAGAUUAGUGAGAAGAAUAUUUUUGGAAGAGCCAAAAAGGAAAGUGAGAAGAAUAAGUAAUGAGUGAGAGUGUAAUCAAUUUGAAUUCAAUUCUUAUGUCGACAGUCGAUGACCAAGCUUGCCCUGAAUUCCCUUCUUUCUCCUCCAAAGCUUCAUAAAUCUCUGAGAGCAUCUGUGUGGCCGAAAAUGGAGUCCAAGAGAAGUGUCCUUUCUUCUGCAUUCUUUUUCUUCAACAAAUUUAGCCGGAGAAGACUAUCUGUGUCGCCGUCUCCUCUCAUGCCGGGCAAAAUGGCAGCUGAAACUGAUCAGAAUCAUGUUAAUUCCGGAUACGAUAUUAGUUCAGUGCAUGAUUUAGACCACGCCCAUGUACUGUUCGAUCAAAUGCUUAGCUCAAGACCAUUGCCUUGUAUCAUCCUGUUCAACAGACUGCUCAGUAGAAUUGUGAAAAUGAAACAUUAUUGGGCUGUGGUUAGCAUUUUUAAAGAAAUGCUCAUUCGGGGCAUCCCCGUUGACACGUAUACCCUUAACAUUCUGAUUGAUGCCUUCUGUCGCUCCAAUCGGGUGGAUUGCGGGUUUUGUGUGAUUGGGAUGUUCUUCAAGUCUGGAAUUGGUUUCAGUGCGGUGACGUACAAUACCCUGAUCAAAACUCUAUGUCUGAAUGAUAAGAUUGCGGAGGCUGUAGAGCUAUUUAGGAUGUUUGUGCGGGACAAUUCGUGUGAAGUUGAUAAUUUAACUUGUAACAUUCUUAUGAACGGACUUUGCAAGGCGGGUAAUACUCAAACUGCCCUCGAUUUGCUCACGGUAUUGCAAAAGGAGGGGCCUAAGCCUGAUAACGUAGCAUAUAACACGGUAAUUGAUUCUCUCUGCAAAGACGGAAUGGUGGAUCAGGCUCUCGAUCUUCUCCCGCAGAUGACAGAAAGAGGGGUUUCCCCUAACAUCGUCACGUACACUUCGUUGAUACAAGGCCUUUGCCAUUUUUGCCGAUGGAAAGACGUUACAAAGUUGAUUGAUGAGAUGGCGCGGCAUAAUCUAUACCCAAAUACCCGUACGUUCAAUAUAUUAGUGGGUGCCUUUUGCAAGGAGGGGAAGUUGAAAGAUGCAAAAAGUGUUAUUCAAAUCAUGAUUCAGAGGAACACUUACCCUGACGUGAUCACAUACAACAAUUUUAUUGAGGGGUAUUUUUUGCAAGGGCAGAUGGAUGAAGCCAGGAGAGCCUUUGAUCAGAUGGUAGAGGAAGGCAUUCAACCUGAUCGCGCAAGCUACACCACAUUAAUUAAUGGGUAUUGCAAAAGAAAAGCAAUGGAUGAGGCCAUGCAUCUUUUUCUUGAAAUGCAAGAGAAAGGGAUUUGUCCUGAUGUUGUUACAUACACAGCAGUGUUGCAAGGGCUGUUUCUGGUGGGCCAAUUCGACGAUGCUUUGAAUAUUUUUCAAAAUAUGCAACUUUCUGGACAUGCACCUAAUUUUCACACUUAUUGUGUCUUACUUACCGGUUUGUGUGAUAACGGGCAUAUUGGGAAGGCAAUGUCAGUCUAUAGUAAGUUAAGUAGUAACGAGAGCGGUUCUCAUGUUUUUGGUAGUAUCAUUAUAGACGGGCUUUGCAAGAUGGGGUUACUCAAUAUUGCACGCGGCAUAUUGAGUAACCUCUUCUUUAAAGGUCAAUACCUAAAUAAGUACACGUACACUGCAAUGAUGAAUGGACUUUGUCAAGGUGGAUUUGUACACAAAGCUUUAGAGCUUCUGAGGAGAAUGGGCGAGAUUGGAUGCGAGCCAGAUUCAAUCACUUACAAUGUUAUUUUGCAAGAAUUCGUUAGAGCGAAAAAACUGGACGAGAUUCUCCUUCCUAAUGCAUAGACCAGCUUGACACAAAAGCCAUGGCAGAAGCCAAGGUGUGUGUGUGUGUGGGGGGGGGGGGUGUACGUAGACCUUACGGACAAUAAUAUGGCUUAUGGGUA